GUGCAUGAAUCUAAUUCUAAUAUAAGUUGAAAACCUUUUCUUCCGUACAUAUUUUAUUAAUAAUAUAAAAAAUAUAUAUAUAAUAUUAUUGAUUUUAAUAAGAAAUAUGAAAUUUUUAAAUUAUUAAUCUUUAAUAUUAGUGAUUUUAACAAUAACAAAUUUUAAAAUUAUUAAUUGCUAAGACAAACAAUUCAUAUUCAGUGACAUCUAUAAAAUCUUCGCUUUUAGCGACAUCUCACAUCAAAUCAAGAAUUUUUUAGAAGCAAUCUAGGUUAUUAUUAUAUUAUAAGUAAUAUAUUUAAUUUGAAUCUACAAAGAAAUUGUUUAUUAAUAUGUUAAUGCUUAGAAAAGUUAUUAUAAAAUUACAAACAUGUUCGUAUCAAGAAUUAACAUAUUGUACAAAGACUAUUACAGAAAAAAUCAGUCCAAUUAUUUCUAAGAAAACUUAUUCAGAUGAAAAUUUUUUUUAUCAAAAACCACGAGAAGUGUGGUUAGAAAAUUUAGAUACUAUUGAAAGAAAAAAAUUAGGACUUAUGUUCUUACACCCUGAUGUUUAUGGAACAGCUCCUAGGAUAGAUAUAAUACAUCAAAAUGUGCAAUGGCAAAAAAUGUAUCGUUUCGUGUCUUAUGCACAUACAAAAGUGCGUUCAGAAGUAAGAGGUGGUGGCAAAAAACCUUGGCGACAAAAAGGAUUAGGUCGUGCACGUCAUGGAAGUAUACGUUCUCCAUUAUGGAGAGGUGGUGGUGUUAUACAUGGACCCAGAUCUCCUACAACUCACUUCUAUAUGUUGCCCUUUUAUAAUCGUGUUAAUGGACUUACAUCUACAUUAUCUGUUAAAUUAGCUCAAGAUGAUUUGUAUAUUAUUAAAGAUUUAGAAAUUCCAUCAAAUGAAUCAUCAUAUAUUGAAAAAUUAAUAGAAGAAAGACAUUGGGGUCCUUCUGUAUUGUUUGUUGAUACUGAUGAUAUCAUGCCAAUAAACAUCACAGAAGCUACAGACACAAUAAAACAUGUAAAUUUAAUGCCUGUAUAUGGAUUAAAUGUUUAUAGUAUGUUAAAACAUGAUACUUUAGUUCUCACUGAAAGAGCUGCACGUUUAAUUGAAGAUAAAAUAUUAUAUCAUUUACACAGACCAGAUUCUCGUAAAGUAAUGGCAAAAUUUAAACUUAAUCAAUAAUAAAAAUUAAAAAAUACAGAAGUAAAAUAUAUUUAUUAUUUAUAAAAA